AUGAUUAAGCCGACGAGAGUUGCCCAGAAGGGCAAGAAGAAGGGAGUGAGCUUCGUUGUCGACUGUGCGAAGCCCGUAGAAGACAAGAUCAUGGAAAUAGCGUCCUUGGAGAAGUUUUUGCAGGACGGGAUCAAGGUCGGAGGCAAGGCUGGUGCCCUCGGUGAUUCCAUCACCAUCACUCGCGAUAAGACCAAGAUCACCGUUACCUCCAACGGCCCCUUCUCCAAGAGGUAUUUGAAGUAUCUAACAAAGAAGUAUUUGAAGAAGCACAAUGUGAGGGAUUGGUUGCGGGUAAUUUCAUCAAAGACCCCAAUGUCUAUGAGCUACGAUACUUCAACAUUGCCACCACAGAGGGUUUCCCAGGAACAACAGUCGUUGGGAAGUGAAAAGGGGUUAGAAAAAAACCCCUAG